UUUUGCUUUGGAGCUACUCAGCACUUCAAUUUCCCCAAGGUGUCUUUUGUAAACAUCACAGGAACCACAGUGGGUUUUAAUCCAGUUUAGCAUUCUUUUUAAACCCAUGAGUCUAAUGCAUGUGUGUUCUGUCAGUUGAAAUAUUUGAAUCUCGUUUAACCAUCUUAUAUCCCUCCAUAUAUUUCCUUUCCAUGUUUGUUUUCUUCUUUUUAAAAAUACGCUUAAGAUGAUUCUUUAUACAGAAUGAUGCACAUUAUGUUAGUAAUGUUUUUAAAGGUCCCAUUUAUACAUCUUGUGGGGACACACCAUUUUUCAUUAUCCCAGAAUAAUGCUUUCCAAUGCAGGUUUUAGUGAAAUCGUAUAACAUCACACUUACUGCUCCAAUAAGGUAAACUAGCAUACAGCCAGCCCCAGUAAAGUGAAUGAUCCAGUGUGAUUUCGUACAUAGACAAGGCUGUAUACCUUCCUCUGAAUCUAGCACCAAAAUAUGAGACUUACUCUUUCUGUUUAUCACCGUAAUUGUUUAAAUGUUACCUUCUCAAAGAGACAUAGUCUGACUGCCAACUUGAGUUACACCACACAGGCCCAGCCCACGUUCCUAUUGAAUACUAUGCACUAUACAUACUUGUACUUGUUGUGAAAAUAGUGAAGAAAUCUUGCCUGAUAUAUGAUUCAUUUCUUCUAAGACUUGCAAGAUGCCUGACUGGACAAAACGAGCUGAUUUGUGAACAACUGCUGUUGAUUGACUAGUUUAUCCCUCAAGUGCCUAUCUUUUGAGUUUUUUAUUUUCAAAAGGAGUUUUGGAAGAUUUUAUACCAUAGAGGCUGGCUGUUUAGUCACAGACACAUUUAUAGGGAGUGUAGAGCAAAGUGCGGGUCUUUUGGGAUACUCCCAUGAAGCAACUGCGUAAUCUGUGGCGGGGGCAGCCCAACCUGCGGCAAUCAUUCUCAGGGGAAGGCAUGUUGGUACUAGCACGGUGCUGAGUGGUUUGUAGAGAUCUCUCUGCCAUGCUACAUAUUAAAUCCUCACAGCCUCGUCUCCUACUGUCUGUAUUUAACUGAUGGGGUAUCAGUCCCAUCAGAUAAGUACAGGUUGAGGCCAGAGCCUGAUAUACUCCUGGCUCUAGUACCACGUUUUACUAGGGUAUUUUUCUAAGUUAAAUCUGGACAGCCAUGUGUUCGUUGUGGCUUUUGGAGAUUUGUAUGAAGGCGUUCAAUCAGCAUCAAGUAGUGACCUAAUAUAUAGCUUCUCACCUCGAGAACACGGCCUUAGGCAUCUGAUGUCUCUGGUAUGAUGGAAUGGAUGUUUGUUAUUAGACUUUUGUAAGAAGGAGAAAAAUGCUCUCUGACAUUUCAAAGUCUCUUCCAGUUUCUUGCUCUCCCCAUAGCAUGAUAAAUAUAAACUUCAAACUAUAAUAAUAACAUAUGUUGAGCACAUCAGGUGUCAGGGAUACCUCAUGAAUUGCAUGCUUAUGUAACUCGGUCACAUCUCACAUGGCGUCUAUGCAGUAGGGACUUCAGGUGGUUCUUCAUCAAAGUACUAGAAAAGAUCUUUGAUCCCAUCAUCAAGCUAGAAAGUGAAAACAUGUAAUUCUAACACAUGUAGUCUCUGUACCAGGAAAAUAUCGCCCAGGAGAAAUAUAAUGUAAAUAAAUAUACACAAUUACAUUUUCUAGAAGCUACAUUAAAAAACAAAAGCAAAAACCAUUAACAGCAGCCCAAUAUGUUUGAUUAAAGUCAAAGAAUCCAAAAUAUGUAAGUCCUCAAAACUCCAGCAUAUAAUUUGUUCUCAGAGAACAUAAUUCCUGAUGGUAAAUUUUCAUCUAUAUUUAAAUUUAUAUUUAUAUAUAUUUAAAAUCACAAAAAUUUACACUUGAAAAUGUAGGUUUAUACAUCAAGUGAUUUUAAUCACACUGAUUUUCUAGAAACCAAAUUUAGUUUAUGUUUUUAAUUAAAAUUAAAUGCAAUAUAAAAUUCAGUCCCCUCAGCUGCACACAUAAAAUAUUUGAGAACCACGUCUAGUUGUCUUAAGCAGGUUGUUCUGGCAUUCAAGCCUGUUUUCUAUUUGUUUAUUAAUUAAUUGAUGAAUUGACUUCUGGUGUGCGCAUGUGUGUAACUUGUAUAUAUGGUUUGUGAUGUGUGUGUGUGUGUGUGUAUGUGUUUGUAUCUGUUUGUCUGUCUGUGUGCCAGAGGUCAGGGUGGAGUAUGUUUCUUGAUUUUCACCCCGUCUUAUUUUUUGAAGCAGGGUCUUUUCUUCAGAAUCUGGAGCUCAAUGAUUUGGUUGGGUUGCUAGGCCUGAGAACUGUAGGGAUCUACCCAUCUCUGUCUUUCCAGUUCUGGAAUUGUAGUGUGUCCUUCAUGCCCAGCUUUUAUCAUGGGUGUUAGGAAUCCAAACUCACGCCUUCAGACUUGCAUGGCAGGCAGUAUACUGACGAAGCCAUCUCCCUAGCCCCUAUAAUUCACAUACAGCUCCAGCUGCAGAAUAGAAGCACUCUUGUCUCUGUGGCUCUGCUGCAACUGACUAAUCCUGAGAAAAGUCAGUCUCUUUCCACCUUCUCCUCAAGGGCUUUCCACAUUCUCUGACUUUCAUCCCGUAAUAUCAACACUGUCUCCUCAUAUUCUACUUUAACAUGCAACUGUCUGACCCUGCGUAGAUCCUAACAUUUGCUUGGAGAAAGGCAAAAAGCUUUGCAAAAGAGAGAGAGAGAGAGAGAAAAAAAAACCAAGCGAACAAACCAUAGAUAAGAAAAGUCAAGAUGAGAACAAGGAGUCAGAGAGCUAUAGAUUAGCAAUCUCAGAAGAAAAUAAUAGCCAGAACAGAUUUUUGUACCAGAACCCUGGGAUUAAUGAGGUUCCAAACUAGCUUCUGAAGUUAUUUUUGAAAUCCUCUCACAUCCUUUUUUUUGGAAGGAUGGGUGAUAUUGGGAAAAGUGAAACAAGUUGGAAAGACAGAGGAACAAAAACACUUAGAAUUUCUCUUAAUGCUUGAAAUUGUCCCUUGGGGAGGCUAAUGAAGAGAAAAAUGAGAACGUAGGCAAAACCUGCUAGGUAAUAUAAAGAAAAGGAAUCAGUUGUGAGCCUUGCCUCGCUUGCAUUCUGGUCAGAGCUGAGCACUAACCUAAAAAUAGAGACAAAGAUUGUUUUGGUCAUUUUAUUCCCAUAUGCAUGCCAUGUCUGGAGCUAAAAGUAACGGGCAUCUUCCCCUAUUCCCAUGCUCUGUGUCCUAUCAUAGUGAGUGGACGGAGGAGAUGGCUCUCUGCAAACUGACCUGGAUCAAUGGAUUGGGUCUUUCUGUUAUACUCUGUGAGAUGAACUCUCGGAGGAUGAUUACUCUGAACGCAUACAGAUAUAGCAGAUAGACCAGGGAGAAAGCCACUGAAACUGUGGAAAUCUUGAGUCUGAAUGAACUCAUUCAACAUCUCUGUCCGUAAAGCAAGGCUUUGUCCUUGCUUUGUAUGGAGAGGAGAUAGCAAAGAGUUGUGGAAUAGGUUCAGGCUAAGCAAAGCCAAGAAGCGAUAAAUCCAAUGACAGUAAUCAUGCCCAGGUAUGGCACCCUUUGGAUUUUUGCUUUUGUUGUCUCUAAUGGGCUCCCAAAGCAGAUGUGAUUAGCUUGAUUUCCAUAGGAUGGUAUUGAGAUUUGUGGGGUGCCAGGUAGACCAACACUCAGGGAACAGGCCCAACCAGUGGUAGAGCCUCGAACACAUCUUAUCUUCGAUCUCAGCACCUUCCACACCAGCCCAGCUUCUUUUUCCAUGUUUAACAAUUUCUUUCUUUCUUAUCAUUGUAGAGUCAGGUCUUUCCUUUCCACCUCUUCAUAGCAAGCACUUUACCUGAUGAGCCAUCUUCUUAGGGUCAAGUUGUCUACUGGAGAUCAAUUUGUGUGGAAAAGAACACACAAAUUCACUAUUGAACGCACUCCAGAUUCACUAUUGGAGAGGAACCUUCCAAGAGUCUAGUGCCUUUCCAGGCCUUCAGACUGAUUUCAUAAUCAUGUUUUAUUUACUCUAGCCUCUUCCUCUUUUCACAGUGACACUUCUGAGUCCAUGCACUUCCGCCCCUGCUAGCUCUACCCUGCCCCCUGGUCUGAUCCCACAUAUUUCUUCUUUUCUCUGUUCUCUCUGUCCCACCCUUUCAGACAUUCACUAAGUCCAUUGUCUAUACUGUUGGAUUUGGAAUGGAAGCCAAGAAAACUCACUUUCAGAUACAGAAGCUUAAAAAUGAAAGCUUUAUUUUCAAGAGCUCAGGGAAGUGGCCAGUUUGGGAUCUGAACCACUCCCAAGGGGCAGCUGUAUUGCACUUUGAAAGGAUGGGGACGCAAAGCAAGGGGGGAGCUGGGAGGAGCUGCGGUGUCAGCCAAUUGGUUUUUGACAUUAUGGGUUAAGCAAGGGAGUGCAUGCUGGAGACUGGGCUGUAUCCAGGGCACCGGGCUUCAGGGUCCUUGGCUCAUUCUUCUAGACGUUUGGUCCAGAGCUCAGAGUGAUAAGAGGACAGAGGAGUGACUGGUCAUCUGUGUGGUUAAUUAGUGCAUAUCAGGCAAUUGGUUAUGAAGUAGAAACUUAAGGGUUCUUUGGAAAGUCAGUUGUGUCGGAUGGUGUGUUGCUGGGGCUAACACAUGAAAGAGAGUUUUCCUAAAGCAGACACAAAUGAAAGGGUGUCUUUUGCUAAAGCAGAUUCAGGAAGGAAGAUUUUGCUAAAGCAGACACAGAUGAAGGGAUGUUCUGCUAAAGCAAGUAUGUGAAAGGAUGAAGGAUUCUUUGCUGACCACAUGCAUGUGUUGGUCCACCUUACAUUGUAGAGUUGAGCUCCGUUUGUUGUGACUCCAUAGAGAAAAACACACCAAAAACUUCUCUAGAGGUUCCUGCGGCCCCAUGCCGCUUCUGUGUCGUAUUUUCUGUGUAGUUCUCAGGCUCCUUGCAGAGUGAUGUCAGCUAAUGUGACUCACAUAAGGAGGCAAUACUCUGGAGGACACGUUAUGUUUGGAGGGUAUGUAAGCAAGACUCAACGGGAAGUGACGUGGCUUGGCCUGCUUGCAUAACUAGCUUUGCAACCCUUCUUGAUCGCCACUUCACUGAGAGAGGCACAGCAGACAACUUCUCCUGGAGUCCCUCAUAGUCCUGGUUCCUCUUGUUGACUCAGCUGCCGAUUCGGCCGAGACCUGGCUGUCUCUGCUAGUUCGGGCCACUGCUGUUGUUUUGUCUUUGCUAUACAGACACUACCGAACCGGACUGCUGCUAUACUCAUGAAGUGCUUAUGAGUGGAUCGAGCUGUCGCUGAGGAUUCCUGUGAACCGACCUGCUGAUUUCCUAACAACGCAGAUGGAAACUGCUUCAAAGAACAAUUUCUAAACAGGAAAAAGUAAGAAACCUCGAAUCGUUUAUGCGAUCCUGAAGGAUGAGAAGUUUGGAGGACUGGAGUUACCCAGCUUCAAGACUAACAAUGGGGCUACAGAAACUAAGACAGUGUGACCAUGGUGGAAGAAUACAUAUUUACGAAGCUGGGAGUAUGUGCUGCUCUAGCAGAAGAUACCAGUUGUGUUCCCAGGACCCACACAGGGCAGCUCACAUCCAUCUGUUACUCCAGUUCCAGGCUAUCCAAUGCCCUCUCUGGUUCCCACAGUUUCCUGAGUACAUGAGGUAUUAUUGCACAUUCUGUGACUAAUACAAAGGCAGUUGCCAAAGGUCAGAGCAGAGGGCUUGGAUUUGGAAGACUUGAGGCCAGGCCAGCUAGUCACCCUUUAUAAGCUGUGUGGGAUCAGGCUGAUCCUGGGACUGUGAGAUGGAGAGUGAAUAUAGGGAAAUGCUGUUGUUGACCGGCCUGGACCACAUCACGGACGAGGAACUGAAACGCUUCAAGUACUUUGCCUUGACUGAGUUUAAGAUUGCCAGGAGCACACUCAACCCUGCAGACAGGACAGAGUUAGCUGACCAGCUGAUUCAAAGUGCAGGUGCCGCGUCUGCGGUGACAAAGGCCAUUAGUAUUUUCCGGAAGUUGAAUUAUAUGAAUAUCGCAAAUGCUCUUGAAGAGAAAAAGAAAGAAGCUGAACGUAAAUAUACGACAAAUACAAAGAAGCGAGGAGCACAGAAGGUAGAAAAUAGAAGUCAAGCUGAAAACGGUUCUGUGGCCUCUGCCACCCACAGUGACAAAGACUCCAAGGAGCCCUCUGCUACAGAAGUCUGUCCUCAAGCUAAGCCUAAGAAGAAACAGAUGGUGGCAGAACAGGAAGCCAUCGGAAAAGAUUUACAGAAAGAUUCACUUGUGGUCAUGGUGCUGAAAGCUAUCAAUCCCUUUGAGUGUGAGACCCAGGAAGGAAGACAAGAGAUAUUCCAUGCAACAGUGGCCACACAGACAGAAUUUUUCUAUGUAAAAGUUUUAAAUGUACAGUUUAAAGAUAAAUUUGUCCCAAAGAAAACAAUUCAAAUAUCAAACUACCUUUGGCACAGUCACUUCCUGGAGGUCACCAGUUCCUCAUUUGUGGCUGAUGUUGACCACAAAGUCCAUGUCCCAAGUAACAUUAUUAAGAGAGCUGGAGAAACUCCAAAGAUUAGUAAACUGAAAACUCAGCCAUGUGGAACAAUUGUGAAUGGGCUGUUUAAAGUCCAGAAGAUAACAGAGCAAAAAGAUAGAGUACUAUAUGGUAUACAUGAUAAAACAGGAACGAUGGAGGUGCUGUUGCUGGGAAACCAGAGCAAACCAAAAUGCGAGGAAGGAGACAAGAUUAGACUCACAUUCUUUGAGGUGUCAGCAAAUGGAGUGAAAACUCAGUUGCAAUCUGGACCUUGUAGCUUCUUUAAGGUUAUUAAGGCUGCAAAGCCAAAAACUGAGGUGAAAAGUGUGGAAUGAAGUCAACUCUAAAAUGCAUUUUUCAGAGGAAUGCUAAUGCUGCUUCUUGAACUAGAUUGGGCUACCUGACGAUAGUAGUCUACUGCCUUAUUACACUAUAUUAGUCAGAAAAGGACAAACACUCAGAAAACAACUGAAAAGAAAUGUAUGUAAACUUAUUAUUAAAUAAAUGAUUGCUCUGUCUAAGGGUUGCGAUAUUCUUCUUCUUCUUUACAUAGACAUUGAGGGUCUAUGUAUGGCAGAAUUGGAGAUUUGAUAGCAGUGGCGGGUAGGAAAGAAGUCUGUGGUUGAUAGACAAGAAGGUUGGUGAUUUCUUUUUUUAAAUUUUAAUGUUUUAAAUCUUUUGGGGAAGAGGUUAUAAGGGUGGAGGGUGGAUAUGGAAGUACUAAGAAAUGAGUGAGAUUGUGGUAUAUGAUGUGAAAUUCCCAAAGACUCAAUAAAAGAAUUAUGUUUUGGAAAAAGAAAGAUUGUUAAAAAAAUAAAUAAAUAUGAUUUUACUCAGGA